GCCCGCCGCGGUGCGGCCGAGGCAGAUGCGCAGGGGCCCGGCCGGGCUGGAUCCUCGGGAAGAGACCCAGAAAUGGCCUUUCCGGGGUCUCCGGGGCCCGGGAGACCCAGGAGGUGAGGAGCUGCGGGCUCCACGCUGCGUCCAGGAAGCUGCGGGAGUGCUCGGCAGUCGGAGCCCGGCCGGAGCCUGCAGUUCGGACCGAGGAACACAAGUCGGUCAAGUCACCCUCCGAGGCCCACAGCCUUCCCCUUGCUUUACCCUUCCGGCUCAACAAGACAAAAGGCUGCCAGGAGACGCACUUCGGACCCGGGGUGGGGCAGAGGCAGGUGUCGCAGGCCCUUCUGGACUCCAGGUGGCUCCAGGUGUCAGAGAAGCCUGUGGCAUUUUGGACGCAUCUCUGUGCGACGGAAGCACCUGGACCAAGGGUUUGGGCGCACCAUGGUGUGCGCUGUCCAGCUUUCUCAUAAAGCGAUUAAGCACACCUGGGUCAACCCUCCGUUACCAGGAAGUCCGCUUCCAUCUACGUCUGCCUUCUCAAAGGUCUCCAGGGAAAGUGCAAGGAAACAUGGGAACUGGACUCUUACUUGGAAACAUAACCAGAUGUUAUUCUUGGCGGUUGUCUCCACAGCCUCCUCGGUAGUAGAUCUCCCAGCCCACUCCUGUCCCAUCUAAAACUCUUCCCUUUGACCAGAGACCCCGCCUCUCCUCCCCGUAAGACACAGACACAGGCAGGAAGCACCGCUGCCCUGCCACCCCUCCCCCAGUACUGUCUGGGUCUCUGUUCUCCACUACUGAAUUGGCACCACCUUAUUGCCAUGACCCUGGGUUUCUUCCAGGCCAGGAGGCAGGAACAGCAGCAGUCAGACAUUUGGUUUUACAUCAGAGAAGAUUGUCUGAACUGGGCCCUGAGAACAAGGUUCCUACUAGGAACCCCUCCUUACCCAAAAAACAGAUAAACAUUCAAAUGCUUUGGAAGCAGCGUGAACAUGCUGUUUGCAAGGCCCUGGUAUGGAAAGCAGUUGGGUGCUGUCAAGGCGCAGUACACAUGUACUCAAGUCCUUCAAGUGUAUGUAUCAGUACUUUGGCUGGUGGACUUCACUGCACCAAGGAAGUGCCCCUCUCUGAAUGGCUCAUUUAGUUAUUGUUGAUUCUUUUUACUUUUCAUCUGACUUACAAAAACUUUCCUGAGCCAAAUUUUAUAUGUGGUUUUACCACUCUGCCAUACAGAAGGAUAAAUUUGAAACAUUUGUAGGAAAAUGAAAGCACCUUGAAACUGUUAAGUGAAA